AUGCAAAGAGGCUGCCACCCGCAGUCCUUGUUGGUGUUCGAUGGCCAGGCUUGCCCGCAGUUUAACGCUUUGCAGCUCGACUUUCCUGUCGAACAUAAGAGCCUUCGUGGGGUCAUUCGCGGCGGCUUGAAGCUUACGCGUUGUUGGGUGGUGGCCUGGUCCAACGGCAAACCCGUCGUCGGAGAACUUCCCCUAGAUGUCGAAGUGGACUUCAUCGCUGCCAAGGCUCCAAAAAAGCGGACUGUGCACGAGGACUCAGUUGUGAUUAGGGCUUCAUGUGCGCAGAAAUCUACGGACAACGAGAAGUGGAAGAAGAUUGUGCACAAGCCGGGUGCGGCCAUCAGGGAUUGGAUCGCUCGCACCGGUGGCUCUCCUGCUGACCUUCUCGACUGCCGGGGAUGGGAUCAGUUGGGGGUAUCGGUCCACAAGCAAGCCGCGUGGAUCAAAGGUCGCCCUGAGCGCGAACCCCAGCGACUGCAACCUGCUGAGCAAUCAUCGUUCCAUCAACCUAGCCUGCGGCCAAAGCCGAGAUCCUUCGUACUCAGGCCGUGA